UCAAAAAUAUGGUGCCCAGUCGUAAACCGGUAUCGCUUAGUGAGAGACAGGCACUGGGCGGUCUGAUUCUAUACUUUGUGGUUAGCUGACUUUACCGAUAAGAAAUCGAAAAUGCGGGAAGAAAACGGACGACUUUGGGGAAAAUUAAACGAUGGCAAGUUUGAAGUGCGCAGUGUCACCCAAGCCGAUCUGGAAGAGGCUCUAGAUGUCCUAGACAGUUCAUUCUUUCUUAAUGAAUCGGUAUCCAUUGCUUGCGAAAUUAACUUGCCAGAAAAUUACCAAGCUCGUCUGGAUCUGCGUGAGUUGUGCAGAAUAACUGCUCUGGAUGGAAUUUCUUUGUUGGUAAGAGAUGUGGAAACGGGACGCGUAGUGUCUGUGUCCUUUAAUAAACUUCAGUUCACACCACCACCUGGCGAGGAUCACUUCUUUCUGAAAUUCCGCAAUGAAAGCGCGAAAAGUCCGCAGGCCCGGGGUCUAAUGGAUUUUAUGAUCGAAGUGGACGGAAGAACCGAUGUGUGUGCUAUGUACAACAUGGAUUGCUUCUGUGAACUGAUGUUUCUGGCCACUUUGCCAAGCCACGAGCGGUUGGGGCUGGGACGCUCAUUGUCCCAGUUCACCAUUCAGCUCACUCAGGAGCUGGCUGAGGGUAAGGGCAUGGAGGAUAUUGACGAAAAGCUGCGUUCCAAACGCCCUGCAGCUGUCACCGCACUCUGGACCUCAAGCUUCUCCCAGAAAGUGGGUAAAGCCACCAACUUUAAAGUGCUGAACGCGAUUCCCUAUUCCGAGUUUGAGUACAAUGGUAAGCGCUUUGACGAGCGCAUAAGUCCUCUACACAAAUUCUGCGAACAUGUUGUUUAUAAAUUUUGAAAAAAAAAAAAUAAGUUGUAACAAAAAAUUUGGUUGUGCGUCGGCCGGGAAUCGAACCCGGGUCAACUGCUUGGAAGGCAACUAUGCUAACCAUUACACCACCGACGCCAUGUGAUGUUCCGUUACCGUUUACC